AAAAUCCUUCAAUCAGUCCCCUGCUCUCGCCACAAACGGACGUGUUUUUCGUUUCUUUCUCGCCGCGCGGGAUCCAAAUUUUACUCAACGACUUUUAUUUGUGUGCGUGCCGUCGUCGUGCGUGUGUGUUGGUGUGUGUGUGCGUGUCGGAGAAAUUUCUCAAGCAGUUUCUGGUGGCAGCAAGUAGGCGUGGGUUUUGAAGUUUUGGCGUUGCUCGCGCGGCUUUUGGGCGGAAAUUUCGGUGCAGAUCCGGAUUCGAGAGUGGUGGAAUUUGGCGUCAGUCUAGGCCGGAAGUGUCCUAGCAUCGAGUGGUGGUUUUUGACGUGUGGAAAAGUAUUGAUUUUGGGGUGCGAAAACAAAACUCCCGGCGCGGGAAUUUUAAAGAGGAAUAAGAAGACCAAGAAGUGACUGCCCCCUAGUGAGGAAUAUUUUUGUGCUGCUUUGAGGUUGUGUUUGUGUGACCGGUUCCCCCCCAGUCGUCAUGUCGCAAAAGUCCAAGAGGUCCGGCGUAUCGACGCCGAUUCCGGUGUCGGCCAGCACGCCGGUGCAGCAGGGUCGGCCGCAGAGUCCGCUGUCGCCGACGCGCCUCAGCCGGCUGCAGGAGAAGACCGACCUGCAGGGUCUGAACGACCGGUUGGCCUGCUACAUCGACCGGGUUCGCUUCCUGGAGCAGGAAAACUCCCGGCUCACGCUGGAGGUGCGCACCUCGCAGGAAACCGUCACCCGGGAGGUGUCCAACAUCAAGCAGAUGUACGAGCACGAACUGACCGACGCCCGCAAGCUGCUGGACGAGACGGCCCGCGAGAAGGCCAAGCUCGAGAUCGACGCCAAGCGGAUAUGGGAGGAGAAUGACGACCUCAAGAAGCGACUGGACCGCAAAACGAAGGAAGCCGCCGACAGCGAGCGCAACGCCCGUGCCCAGGAAUCCCGCGCCAACGAGCUGGCCGGCAAGUACAACACAGUCCUGUCGGAGCGCAAAAAGGCCCAGGACGAACUUAAAGAACUCGAGAAGGAAGUGGCCCGGCUAAAGAAACAGCUCGAAACCCUGCGCAAGAAUCUCGAAGAGGAAACGCUGGCCCGCGUCGAUCUGGAAAACACAGUCCAAAGCCUGCGCGAGGAGCUCACCUUCAAGGACCAGGUCCACCAGCAGGAACUCACCGAGACCAAGUCCCGCCGGCAGGUCGAAAUCAGCGAAAUCGACGGCAUCCUCUCCGAACAGUACGAGGCGAAGCUGCAGCAAACACUGCAGGAUCUGCGCGACCAGUACGAUGGCCAGCUGCGCGCGAAUCGCGAAGAAAUCUCCGAUCUGUACGAGUCGCGACUACGCGAUCUGGAGCUGCAGUUGAACGCCGAACGGCAACGCCAUGCCGCCGAGAAGAGCAAACUCCAGGACGAAAUCGAACGUCUCCGGAAGGAGAUUUCGCUGCAACUGCAAGAGUACCAAGACCUCAUGGACAUUAAAAUCACGCUGGACAUGGAAAUUGCCGCGUACGACAAGCUGCUCUCGUCCGAGGAGGUGCGGCUGAACAUCACCCCGGGCAGUCAGACCACGAUCUUCCAGACGUCCACAACGAGCUCGUCAAGCGCCGGUCGCUCGUCGGCACUGCGCCGCGGAACGCCGACCCGGGCCGGAGCCAAGCGCAAGCGUACCGUCCUCGAGGAGUCGGACGAACGCAGCGUGUCGGACUACUCGGUCACUUCCUCGGCCAAGGGAGACAUCGAGAUCUCCGAAGUGGACUCGGAGGGCAAGUUCGUCAAGCUGCACAACAAGUCGGCCAAGGAAGUGCAAAUUGGGGGCUGGACCGUGGUCCGCAAGGUCGGAACGAACGAAACCGUGUUCAAGUUCCACCGGACGCUGAAGAUUGACGGGGGAGCGUUUGUGACGGUUUGGUCGUCGGAUUUGGGCCACACGCACGAACCCCCGAGCACGAUCGUGAUGAAGGGCCAGAAGUGGUUCUGCGGUGACAACAUGACCACGCAGCUGCUGAACGUGGAGGGAGAGGAAGUUGCAGCGUCGGAACGUGUCAAGCGUACUGUGUCCACUGCCGCGUCCCGCCACCGAGAGUUCCUCGGUUCUUACAGCGGAGAGGAGCUGUAUCACCAGCAGGGGGAACCUAAAGGCGAGGAAAAGUGUCGCAUCAUGUGAAACUAAACCGGUCGCACCGCGAACCCAACUGGUCACAUAUUCUGCCUGUUAGCAAUUUAGUUUGUACACACACACACACCAUUGAUGAAGAUGAUCAAGAUGGAGAAAAAACAAAAACCACAAAACUCUUACACUAUAUCGAUAUAUUACAAAAUAUAUGAAGAAAAAAAACUGAGUACAUUUAAAACUGUACGCUCGCAGACACGAACCAUGCCCCUAGUUCUUAUCAUUACUACAAACUGCUAAACUGUAACAAACUUGAACAACUAUUAAAUACCGCUACUUAACGUUUUUCGAAUGAGAGAAAGAGAGGCUCUCGAAAUUCAGAGAGCAAGCAGCACAACACUAACACAACAACAAAAAACUCUAAGUUAGGAAGCAAAUGAAACCACUUAGGAUUACUUUAUUUGACCGAUAAGAACAAACAAAAAAACAAACAAUUAAUAAACACACACACACUUUAUAUUAAAAUAGAGAUUUAUAUGUAUUUAACUUGAGGAACGAAAAUAAACGAAAACUAGGAGAGGAA